AUGCCACCGCGUAGACCACCUACCCGCAACAAUCCUCAAGGUUCCGAGGACAUGCAAGGCCAAAUCAAUACCUUAAGGGAUACCAUCACACAGAUGCAGACAAACGCGGGGGAGAUGUUCCAGAAUAUUCUGAAUGAAAUAAGACGCAACCCUAACAACACAACCCAUAACAACACCACGAGCGGCUCGGGCACCGGGGGAGCCGGUGGUGGUGGUCCCCAACCGCCCCCAGACCAUGGAGCGGCAGGCCAGAAUAAUCAAGAUCUGCUGCUGACAUUUAGGAAGCACAAACCACCCUCAUUCCAUGGAGGACACGAUCCGAUCGUGGCUGUGCAGUGGCUGCAGGCCAUGGACAAAAUAUUCAGAGUGGUCCAACGCACCGAAGAUCAAAAGGUAUUAUUUUCGGUGUACAUGUUGGAAGGAGACGCCCAUCAUUGGUGGGCUAAUGCGUCUCAACCUUUGGAGAUGCAAAAUGCGGCGAUUACUUGGGCCGUAUUUGAAGAAAUGUUUCUGGAGAAGUAUUUCCCGAUCUCAAUCCGGGACAACAAGCAAGGUGAAUUCGACCGACUCGUACAAGGGACCAUGACGGUGGACCAAUACUACGCUAAAUUCAACGAACUACUUCGAUUGGCGACUUACCGAGGAACCAUGCCCAUGCCGGAUUUUCUGACGGCAAAAUUCCAAAGGGGUCUGUCCGCUAGGAUUACAGAAUUGGUAGCUUGCAACGACACCUGUGACCUGGCCACCUUAGUAAACCGAUGUAGAAAGGUGGAGGCGGUCGGUUUGCAAACAAGGAAAACCACGGAGACCAGCGGAUCCGGAUACAGAACUCUGAUGACUAGGAACGGACCAUGGAGAGGAAAGAGCAGAGGCAGACCAUGGCAGCCCAGGCGUGAUGACCACAAGUUUAAGAGGCCCGGGUACCCCUGA